GGCAAAGAUUGGGAAUGGAGUUGAAAAACUAAGAGAUGGAAGAGUGGAUACCUUUUGGCAAAGUGAUUCGACCCUUCCACACGUCAUUAACAUCCAAUUCAACUCCAGGAAAAAGAGUAUCUGAAGUUAGAUUAUUUCUCGACUAUCGUUAUGAUGAGUCUUAUACUCCACAGAAGAUAGCCAUUCGUGCGGGAAACUACUUCCGUGAUUUGGAAGAUAUUUUACAAAAAGAACUCAGCGAACCACAAGGCUGGGUACGCAUACCAUUAUGUGAAGAAGAUUUGUCGCAGGACUCGUCCUCAAAGCUGGUUUCUUUCUUUAGAGUCGCGCUUUUGCAAAUAGUGAUUUUGGCAAACCAUCAGAGUGGAAAGGACACACAUGUUCGACAAGUGCAAGUUGUGGGAUUCAGGAAUAGGGAAAAGGAAAAGCUGUUUAAUCAACCCAAUUUCCAGACGAUAGACUUUUUGGCCUAUCAAUAUUUGAGAUGAUAUGUCUGUAGCAGUUGUUUCGCUUGCUGCGUGAGACGGAUAAUAAUAGUCCCAGAUGGCUUUUGUAUGAAAAUGUUUUCAGUUGGCGUUUUGUAAACCGUUCUAACCAUUUAUUCUUUAAUAUUUUGUGAACGAGUCAAUUCCAUAUAUUCUGUAUAUGAUGUGGUGAGAUAUAUCAUACAAGUCUAUCACUUUGUCAAUUAUGUUGGUUCCAAAUGGGUUGUAUAAAAUUAGUUGAGAAUAUUAUAUUGGCAAUAGUUUUAUUUUAUGAUUUUCUAGCACAAAGCUGCCUGGAAUAGAGUUGACAUAUCUCUUGAAAACUUAAGGAUCACUUGCUUGUUUG